AUGCACUCCAUCAUCAUCUCCAUCCUCUCCCUCCUCGCCCUCCUCUGCCCCUUCACAACCACCAGCGCCCUCCCCCAGCGCAAACACCCCCCGGUCUGGAACAUUGACAACUCCACCCUCGUCGAAGCCGGCAUCCUCGGCGAAACCCACUCCGACAUCCGCUUCUCGGCUGUCACAAACUACCCCAACAGCCACAUCACGAACAACUACGGCGCGUGCGCCUCCGCAGGCCCCGACCCGCGCUAUCUCGAGAACGACCCCAACUCGUGGAUGGUCUCGCUCGACGCCAGCGUGCCCAAUUGGCAGAGCUACUGCGGGAAGAAGGUCCGAUUGACGGCGCCGGAUGGGCGUACGGCCGAGGCGACCAUCGUGGAUAAGUGUCCUGGAUGCAGUAUUGGUGGAGCGUACAGUCUGGAUCUGCUUGAGGCGCCGUGGAAUGCGGUGGGCGGGAAGACGUCGGCGGACAAUGUGUAUGGUGCUAAGUGGGAGAUCAUUGGGUGAGAGUGUAUCUCGACUUGGUGGGUUACUGGGUGAGAGUGUUCUCGGUGUGGGCGCCCCCGUGUAACUAGCUGCUGCCCGACUGUGAAAUGCACUGCUGAAGAGGAACACAUUUGGAAGAGUUCAUCUUGCGGGAAGUCGUCCAGGUGCUAUGGACCUGGUUUCUGACCCCUUGCAAAGUGUGUCGGAAACAUGUACUUUUCGCUUGAUGUCACGAUAUGUACGUAACAGCACACAACUG